CAUGUCGGACUCGACUCAUACUACAAUAUUGUUCAGGUUCACUAGCAGUCUUGCGAUGAGUUGACAAGGGAACAACGACGCAGUACAGCUCUAGAAUCAGCUUCACUGGCGUCGUAGCAAUGUCAGGGAGACGUCAUUCACAAUCAUGUUCAGCAAGCAUUCCACGCUUGGUGGCAAGAGAAAGAAAGCUUGCUGAAAAUGCAGCAGGCAAAGCCACCUACAAAUCACAUGUCAAUCGAAAAGAAGUGCACAGAGUCACUUCUCGACCGAAAAUCCACCCGCCGCUUCGACAGGUAUUAUGACGGGAUUCAUCAUAUGCAGAAUUACCCAGCAGCGAGCAAACAUCAACGACAAUACCAUCCUCGACACAGGAUCUUUGGACCACCUUGCCCCUCAAAAGGCGCUGCUCUCACCAACAAUGUUAAGGACUCUGCCGUCAUCAAGCUCGCAAAUGGCGGCGCAAUGAGUACAGUAAUCAACGGCGACUAUGGAGCAAUCAGUGUUAAGACCGAUAUGGGCGUCGUCAUUGACAUCUAUCUCAAGAGUGCACUUGAAGUCAAAGGCAUGCAACGGGACCACAUCAUUGUCAGUGGAGUCAAACUGGCGGAAAGCUAGUGGCUUUAUCACGCUCAAGAAGGAUGGAGCGAUGGUUGCUUUGGCUGUAGAAAUUGCAUAGUUGACCAUAAGGACAGAUUUCCAAAAAGGCACUAUGGCUCUCCCUGUAAUCCUGAGAACCACCGCCGUAAUGCAAAACAUGUCGGCC